AUGCUACGACCGCCCGAUACCUUGCAGUUUCUCUGUCUUUCGCUAGGGCUGUUGGUAGAGGCGCACGAAAAACCUCUCUGGCAGAACGGGCACUACCCCUAUGAGGACCUGAUUUCAGAAACAGUGGCGUACUGCUACACUUCGAUCGUUCGGAACUCCAGCUGUUGUCUCGACAGCCUUUACGCACCCGGUGUUCGGAAGACAGUCGUGCGGCGCGUCGGAGUUGGCUGGUGGUGCGGCAAGUCCUGCUACGACGAUAAGAAGGGCUAUCGUGGCGAUGACUUGCUGUGGGUACCUGAAGGCGCUACUUGUGAAACCCCGCGGUUGCUCUGGAUUCAUGGGGGCAGCUGGGAGUAUGGCAGUCCUGAUACCUAUUCCUAUGGCCAGUUGGCCUCCAAGCUGGCUGGGCUUUCUGGCGCUGUGGUGAUGGUGCCCGACUUUCCCCUUGCGCCUGUCGGGACGUAUCAGGUCGUUCUCAAAGCUUGCCUUGAUGCUCUGCGUUGGCUUGCGGAGGCCCCGUUGGGAGACCUGCACUGCCCGCCGGGAGUGGCGCCACUUCUGGUCGGGGGUGACUCAGCGGGCGGUGGGACGGCAAUGUCCCUGACUCUGAAGUUGAAGGAGAGUGGCGGCUGGAGCCCGAAGGGCAUCCGGGAGUCGCGACCGGAGGAGCUUCCAGGAGGUCAGAUCUUAGCAGGCGCUGUGUUCUUCAGUCCAUGGACGAACCUCAAGUGUGACACACCGGAUUACUAUUACAACGCUUUCGCCAAGAUUGUGGACAAGAAGGCCUUCAAAGACCCUGACUCCGGGGUGGCCUACGUUGGCGAUCUGAUGUUUCGAGGUCAUCCGCAGGAAAACUUGGACGAGUUCACGGUGAAUGCCAAGAGCUAUGUGGGCGAUGAUGACAGCCUGCUCACAGAUCCCCUGGCCUCCCCUUUCUUUGCAUCAGUGGAUGAGCUGGGAGGUGGAGGCAUUCCGCCACUGUUUUUUGCAGUUGGCGGCUCCGAGUCCAUCCUCGGUGACAGCAUGAUCCUGGCCCAGAAGGCGGCCUUCUACGGGACCAGCGUUCAUGUGGAUGUCCACGUGGGUAUGUGGCACGACUUUCCUAUGUACUCUGAAGGUUGUGGCAGUGGGGUGCCCUUGUGGCAGGCAGCUCGCGCACUCAAUCGAACGGCAGCAUUCAUCAAGUAUGUUGCUGCUGCGAAGCAGACUGCAACACGACUGGGCUUGAUCUGGCCACCUACGAAGUCGAUUCCCGGCACGCCGCACACCAGGUAUAUCUACGACACUACGAGACCUGGAGCUGCCAGGUGGUUUCCAAAGGAGCUGGUGGAUGAAGCAACAGCACCGCUCUUUUUCGCCGAUGGGUUCCCCGAGAUGGGGAAGAGCAUUUUUGUGGUGCAGCCGCCUUUUUUCUUGCCGGGCGAAGCUCGUGCGCCGACACCUGCUCUGAAUGGCCGUCGGUUGUUAUCGGGCGAGGAUUCGAAGGAUAUUGUUUUGUUCGACGAAGUCAUCGCACAAAAACUGAACCGGAAGACUUUCAUGUUCAGCAAGACAGCAACGCCUUUCCUGAGCUUGGACUUCUCCGAAAAAGGAUCGCCAGCUAUAGCAGUCUCUCGCCAAUGUAUUUCCGUGGUUUCGACGAAGGCCACUACCGUGAAGUUCGUGUCCCGGACCCUCCAAGAGGAAGUGUGGCAGAGCCCGAAGACGAUCGAACGAGCCGAGGCGCGGUCUGGCACCUGGAUGAGAACCGGCUCUACAAGCCUCGGCCAAUGGAGGAGCAGUGUGAUGUGUAGCAGUGUAGCAUUAAGCGAGCAUGGGACUGCAGCAUGA